GGUGAAUCAUGGAAUUAGAUAAAGCAAUAAGGAAGAUAACGGCAGGACAGAAAAAAACUUACUAGAGUAAUAAUAUUUAAGAUGUACAAGUGGUGCCUAUUAAUGGAAGCAAUUUAUUUAAAAGCAUGGAGAAUAAAUUUAUAGGAUUAAAUGAAAUGGAAAUAGUUUGUAGAAUUUGUUUGAACAAAAAAGAAAAAAUGGUUUCAAUGUUUGAAAUUUCAUUACUCCCAAAUUUAGUAAAAACAUACAGAGAAAUGUUAGAAGAAUGUGCUUCAGUACAUAUAUCUGCUGAUGAUUUGUUACCCAAAAAUAUCUGUCUUGAAUGUUCAAACUAUUUGAAACAAUCUUAUAAAUUAAAAAUCCAAUAUUUAUCAACCGUAAAAUUAUUAGAAGAAAUUAUUACAAACGCACAACACAACAUAAAAUUAGAAGUUGCAAUAGAUGAAGAUGAUGAUUUUAAAAAUGAAGAUAAUUCUUUUAAUUUUUAUAAUUCAGAAGAAGCAACUACAAGUGACACUAUUAAAAAAGAAUUCAUUUCUGUUAAAGAUGAAUUCAUUCAUGACAAAGAAAUAGAAAUUAACGAUACAAAUGAUGCAAUAAAUGAUAAUGUUACAGAGAAGCACAAUAAAAUUAAAAAAUAUAAAUGUGAAGAAUGUGAAAUGAGAUUUCAUUUAAAAACAAAAUUAUAUAAACAUUUGAAACUAACGCAUUCAAUCAUGAUGUAA